GGGUGCGGAGCCCCCAUGGCGUCUCGCGGCCCCCCCGGCGCCACGGAGCCCCGCGGGACGCCCCCGUUCCGGGCGGACCCGGCGGCGCUGGCCGCGAUCCUCGGCGCACCGGGACCGGGACCGGGAGCGCGGCCCAAGGCUGGGCCCGGCGGCGCCGUCAGGGCCUCGCUGGCCGGGCGCGUCCCGCUGCGGCUCGGCUCCCUCCGCACCCAGAUGAGCGCCCCCGGUGCCGCCGCCCGCUGCCGCCGCCGCCGCUCAGCGCCCCGCUCCCCGCAGGCCUCGCGGCCGCUCCAGCGCCACCUCGACCGCGCCUCCGGUUUCUCCGUUCGGGCUCCCGGGGGCCCCCCGCGCCCCCGCGCCCUCCCUGCCGCCGCCCCGGUUCUCGAGCCCCGCGGCGAAGCCCUGAAGGAGGCGGCCGGGGCCCGGUCCCGCAGCCUCCAAAAACACACGGACCAGGAUCCCCCCGCAGCGGUGAAAGCGGAGACUCUCCCGGACGCGCUGGCCCCUGUCCUGCCCAGUGAGCAGCUGAGCGAGACGGGGGGAGCCACGGGGGGCAGACCCUGCCUGGCCCGCCGAGUGCCCGCUCGCAUCCCCUCCUCAGCCAGGGGCACCGCAGGAGCUGCCUGGGGGGCACAGGGGCCCCCACAAACCGCAGGGGGGGCCCAAGCUGCACUGCCAGGUUCCCUCCUUACCCAGGAGAGCGCAUCCAUGCUCCCAGACCCCCCCUCGAAUGAAAGCAGCACCCCAGGCACUGACGCCCCCAGAGCAUCUGGACCCUCCAAUGUCGGCUUGGCUCGCCGUGUGCCCAUCACCAAGGCCAUGCGCGAGUGCAUCUCCAUCCACGUGGGCCAAGCGGGCGUGCAGAUCGGCAAUGCCUGCUGGGAGCUGUACUGCCUGGAGCACGGCAUCCAGCCCGACGGGCAGAUGCCCAGCGACAAGACCAUCGGCGGGGGGGACGACUCCUUCAACACCUUCUUCAGCGAGACAGGGGCUGGCAAGCACGUGCCCCGGGCCGUCUUCGUGGACCUGGAGCCCACGGUGAUCGACGAGGUGCGCACGGGGACGUACCGGCAGCUCUUCCACCCCGAGCAGCUGAUCACGGGCAAGGAGGAUGCGGCCAACAACUACGCGCGGGGGCACUACACCAUCGGCAAGGAGAUCAUCGACACAGUGCGCGACCGCAUCCGCAAGCUGGCUGAGCAGUGCACGGGGCUGCAGGGCUUCCUGGUCUUCCACAGCUUUGGGGGCGGCACUGGCUCUGGCUUCACCUCCCUGCUCAUGGAGCGCCUCUCGGUCGACUAUGGCAAGAAGUCCAAGCUGGAGUUCUCCAUCUACCCGGCCCCGCAGGUCUCCACAGCCGUGGUGGAGCCCUACAACUCCAUCCUCACCACCCACACCACGCUGGAGCACUCCGACUGCGCCUUCAUGGUGGACAACGAGGCCAUCUACGACAUCUGCCGCAGGAACCUGGACAUCGAGAGGCCCACCUACACCAACCUCAACAGGUUGAUAGGCCAGAUCGUGUCCUCCAUCACUGCCUCCCUGCGCUUCGACGGGGCCCUGAAUGUUGACCUGACCGAGUUCCAGACCAACCUGGUGCCGUACCCCCGCAUCCACUUCCCCCUGGCCACCUAUGCCCCUGUCAUCUCCGCCGAGAAGGCUUACCACGAGCAGCUCUCGGUGGCCGAGAUCACCAACGCCUGCUUCGAGCCGGCCAACCAGAUGGUGAAGUGCGACCCGCGGCACGGCAAGUACAUGGCGUGCUGCCUGCUGUACCGCGGGGACGUGGUGCCCAAGGAUGUCAACGCCGCCAUCGCCACCAUCAAGACCAAGCGCACCAUCCAGUUUGUGGACUGGUGCCCGACUGGUUUCAAGGUGGGCAUCAACUACCAGCCUCCCACGGUGGUGCCCGGGGGGGACCUGGCCAAGGUGCAGCGCGCUGUCUGCAUGCUGAGCAACACCACGGCCAUCGCCGAGGCCUGGGCCCGCCUGGACCACAAGUUUGACCUGAUGUAUGCCAAGCGUGCCUUCGUGCACUGGUACGUGGGGGAGGGCAUGGAGGAGGGGGAGUUCUCAGAAGCCAGGGAGGACAUGGCUGCCCUGGAGAAGGAUUACGAGGAGGUGGGGGCUGACAGUGUGGAGGGCGAGGAGGAGGGGGAGUACUAGUGCCUUGUCUGUUCUGCCAGCUGCACCGCGAGCUGCUCAUUAAAAGCCCAAUCUGCAUCA